AUGGCAAAACCAAUUUGGCACGAAGCAAUUGUAAGUCGCUGGGCUCCAAAACAUGAUUUGGAUGUGCUGCAGCUUCUGAAUAUUUGCCCAGAUAUAAACGUCAAAAAAAGUGCUUUUACUGUGUAUCUGUUAGACACAAACGUAGGAUUAGCUUUUUUGGAUGAACGUAUUAGUCAGAUUGAAAAAGAAAAUAUGACUAAACAUUUAGAAAGCAAACCUCCAAAUAAAAAGGAAAUAAAACGAUUAGACGGUGAAAACUUAGCUUUUAAAGAAAAAGACCUGAGCCAUUUCAUCACUGGUAAAUCAGAAAUGUUCUUUAAAUUGUUUGGGAUCCAUAACGUAACAGAAUAUUGCAGUGAUUCUCUAAGAAGUCAAGUGGAUGAUACCGCAGAACGAGGAAUUGCUCUAAUAAAGCAAUUUAACGAAUCGGUCAGAGAUGAACAACAAAAACAAUUUUUGCUGAGGGUAGUGAAAAGUCGUAAAUAA